AUGGCUAAAGCAUACACCAACCUCACUCUCCUCCUGAAGGCCGUAGCAAGCCACGAGGGAAGUGGAAAUCUCAUAUGCUAUCCACCUCAGAAAACCUUUGAGCCCAGUUCAUACUCAUAUGGCCAGCUGCUAGAAAGCGCUCAGAAAGCCUCGUGGGCACUGAAGAAAUGCCGUCAAGAAGAUUUUCCUCAGGGUCGAGUGGUGCUCAUUCAUUUCGACACCCACUGGGAGAACAUACUCUGGUUCUGGGCCGUCACACUGGCAGGCUGUAUCCCAGCCAUGUCCACUGCGUUGAGCAACAACCCGGCGAUGCGCGUAUCACAUCUGGAGCACCUGGCAACCAACCUCAAAGAUCCCGGAUGUCUGACCACAACUGCUAAGCUGUCUGAAUUUGGAGGACAAGACAGUAUCACACCCAUUCCUAUCGAGUCUCUUGACAUAGAGAUCACUCCAGGAGCAGUGCUAGACGAAGUCUACUGCGAUGCGAAGCCCGGUGACAUCGCAAUUCUGAUGCUGACUUCUGGUAGCACUAGUCACGCAAAAGCAGUGAUCCUCACCCACAGCCAAAUUUUCACAGCACUGGCCAGUAAGUACAAGGUAGUACCGCUGCCAGACGACACUUCAUUCUUGAACUGGGUCCGCUGCGACCACGUUGCGGCCCUUGUGGAAAUUCACUUACAAGGCCUCUUCGCGCACCGAGACCAGGUUCAUGUGGAAGCAGCAGAUCUUUUAUCCAGUCCCCUUACCUUUUUGGAUAUGAUUCACCGCCAUCGUGUCUCCAGAACCUUUGCGCCUAACUUCUUCCUCGCUCGCAUUCGAGCCGUACUCGCCAGCCACGGCGACUUCUGCAAGGAAUACAACUGGGAUCUUACCUGUCUGCGGUACAUUGCUUCAGGCGGGGAGGCAAAUGUCACAAAGACCAUUACUGCUGUAGCAAAGCUGCUCGCUCGGUACGGUGCCCCAUCAACUGUCAUUGCCCCGGGCUUCGGCAUGACUGAGACAUGUGGUGGCGCCAUCUACAACCUUGACUUCCCUGACUACGACCUUAGACGAGGCUUGGAGUUUGCAUCCGUGGGGAAAAGCUCGCAGGGUCUCAGCAUGAGAGUCACCUCCGCCAAGGACCAAAGUAUCGCACCGACUAGGACUGUGGGUAACCUCGAACUAUCAGGCCCGGUCCUAUUUGAGGGCUACUUCAAUAACCCUACUGCAAACGAGCAGUCAUUCACCAGCGAUGGCUGGUUCCAGACUGGUGAUCUAGCUUCUAUUGACGAUGAAGGCAACCUACACUUGGUGGGAAGAGCCAAAGAGACCAUGAUCGUUAACGGUGUCAAUUACAGCCCGCAGGAGAUAGAGACUGCGCUGGAUGAGCCGGAUAAAAUCCCCGGCUUGGCUCCGAGCUUCACUUGCUGCUUUUCUUCUUUCCCUGCCGGUGGUGAUACAGAGAUAAUCUGCGUGGUCUACUUGCCGACCUACGCUCCAGACGACACGAUAACAAGAGCCAUAACCGCAAAUUCCAUAGCCAAGAUUGUCAUGAUGUCGACAGGCUCCCGACCAGAGAUAUUGCCGCUCGAUCAGUCAAAGCUGCAAAAGUCCACUCUUGGAAAACUCGCACGAUCCAAGAUCAAAUCGGCAUUUGAAAAGGGCGAUUACAAAAUAUAUCAAGAGACUAAUGCGGAAGAAAUCAAGCGGCACCAGGCAACAGCCCGCGUUCAUGCCGCGAACGAGCUGGAGCAAAAAUUGCACACCAUCUUCAUUGAUUCUCUUGGCUUGCCCGAAGAGGAGUUUGACGUGGAGUCUUCUCUCUUCGAUAUGGGCAUCACCUCAGUAGAGCUGAUCAAGCUGAAGAAGCAUAUUGAAGCGCAACUGAGUCUCGCGCAGCAAAUUCCCAUCAUCACUCUGAUGACAAACCCCACUGUCCGCAGCCUCGCCAGCACCCUGGAGGACCAGCAAACCAAUCGUGCGUCGGGAGAGUAUAACCCCGUGGUGACACUGCAGUCCCAGGGAGACAAGACACCACUGUGGCUUGUUCACCCAGGAGUGGGAGAGGUUCUUGUAUUUCUCAACCUGGCAAAAUUCCUGAUGGAUCGAAAGGUCUACGCGCUGCGCGCGCGGGGUUUCAACGAAGGCGAAGAGCCCUUCGAGACUAUCGAGGAAGUUGUCGGUACCUAUCAUGCUGCCAUAAAACGAAAGCAGCCCCUUGGACCGUAUGCACUAGCCGGGUAUUCAUACGGUACAAUGCUAGCCUUCGAGGUCGGCAAGGUGCUGGAAAGCAACGGAGACGAAGUACGCUUCCUGGGUUCCUUCAAUCUGCCACCCCACAUUAAGACGCGCAUGCGACAGUUAGACUACAAGGAAUGCCUGCUCCACCUCUCCUACUUCCUAGAUCUGAUGACAGAAGAUCACGCGCGGGACUUGGCGUUGAAAUUGAAAGGCUCAACUCGGGAAGCAACCCUCGCGAAGGUGAUGGAAGACGCCGACCAGGAACGUCUUGUGGAACUUGCCCUGACGCCAGAGGCUCUGACCAAGUGGGCGUGUUUGGCCUUCGCUCUGCAAAGUAUGGCUGUGGACUAUGAUCCCAGCAGCUCCAUUGCUAGCAUAGAUGUUUUCUACUGCAAUCCUCUAGCCGUGGCAGCCUCCAACAAGACGCAAUGGCUAAGUGAACACUUGAGUCAGUGGAAGGAUUUCUCGCGAUCGAUACCGCGCUUUCACGAUGUCGGUGGUGCUCAUUAUACCAUGCUAGGGCCAGAGUACGUCUUUGGUUUCCAAAAGACAUUACGGAGUGCGCUUGAAGCGAGGGGAAUUUGA